AUGUGGAACAAAGCAACAAAUAAUCUCAAGAUUCCAUCGGAAUUAACUGUUCAACCAGCUAGCCCUACACCUCUCUUUAAGGUGACCCCAGCAGGAGCUAUGAAAACUGCAUCACAAGAAUUUGUCGUUUUCCAAGGUAAUUUACCCGUGCGUGGUUAAGAAAGAGAGUAUUUAAUCAGGUUUACAAAUCUGGGUUGAGAGCAGAGCUCUAAACAAUAAGUAGUGGCAAUAUUCCAGGAGUCGAUCUGUGGUCUCACUUUGAACUUGUGACAUGACUUUUUCUUCUGCCAGGGCCAAUCAGUUUUUCAGCAACAUUCUUUUUGUUGUUAUUAUUUUUUCAAUAUGUUUUUCACUGUAAAGAUUCCAUUACCUUUGCUUAACUUAUUAGCGAGCUUGUCCGUUAGAUUUUGUUGUUUCUGAUGCCGUUCUUAGUGAUUUCCAGGAAGCGUCACGGCCGUGGUUUUAGCUCAAAGCUGGAAUGGUAUUCGACUUCUGCCUUUUUCUUCAUGUCUAAACCUCUGUACAUGCAUGAAUUUCUUUGCACAAUAACGGCUCGUGAAGGUCUCAUUCCACUCCACCCUUUCAUUAUAUAGACAACUCGGGUCUGGCGAUGAUUCUUCUUUUCCUUUAUGGAUAACUUAGUUGUUUUCCUUGUUUACCUGAGAUCUUUGUCGCUUCCAACAAGAAAACGUAGGGGUUUAAAAUUUUCUACACUGUGACUAUCGCAAAUUAAAGGAAAGAAAAGGAUCAUUCACAGAUUUCUGUGAACUUUCAGAACAUUUAUCUAUCUUAUUAUAUUUUUCUAAUACCCAUUUAGCUGAAGCACUGUCGGGGACUUCACUGUGAAAGGGUAUAAGGAGUUUAAUGGUAUUCCCAUGAACAAAGAGCUUUAAAAAUGGACUCCUUGUUUAGAAAAGAAACAAUGUUGUCACCAUCUUAAUGAAUUAGGUGUUUUGAGUGCACAAGAGUGAUAUUCCUAUUUGAGAACUUUGCGGGGUUACCUCUGAUGCAGUCAAUUCUCGCUGAGAUGGAGCACAGUUGGGAGCUUCAUUAAUCAUGAGGGUCUAUUGUGUGCCUGCCUCGUUGAGCGAUCCAUGAAAAGAAACUGAUAAAGUCAGGGAAAAACUCUAACGUCCGUUUUUGGAGGUGUUCGUCUCAUAGAGGAACCCGUCACUACCAGCUAGGAGUCCAUUCCUUCUAUGACUUUAUUGACAAACUGGCUAAGCCAUUUAUAAUUUGCAUUUUAACAGCUGCAUUGAAAAGCUGGGAGCGUAAUUCAGGGGAUCCGCCUCGCGUAAAAACAAAAACAGCAACGGAUUUUCUCUCUGAGAUUUGCAAACCAGGUGGUCCCGUCGAAGAGGCCUUAAAUUAUCUCAAAGCCAUAGGAAUAUUGCCUACAACUACGGUGAGUCUUUAUUAUCCUCUGGUAAGUAAACCAGGGCAAAAUAUAAUGCUAGCAAAAUUCGCUUACAUUCUUUUUCCCCAAAUAAAGUACGAUUGUUUUGAUAUAUCUAAAUCAUUUCAUGGCUGUAAAAAGCCUUCUAGGGGCACAUUAGAUAUAUGAUCCUUGCAAGGUGGAUGACAGAUAAGGCCGCAGUUAAAUGACCUAUUAUGCAAACUAGCACGUUGUUAAGGCUAAAACAUUGCUUACGACGCCAUAUUGAGAGUGCGUGACGUAACAAGCUAAAACUAUGAUUUUCGUAUUUUCUCGUCACUUUCCUUGCUACAAUCGGGAAAGUGUCACAACAAACAUUAAGAUCAGCGGUUUACUCGUAAGAAUUCAAGGUUGACUCAGAGCCCAUUCGGCCUCGAGGAAUAAUUGUUAAAUAUCCUCACUUGAUGGGAUUAAGGAAAAAUAAAAUUAAAAAUUAUGCAUGUUCAACUUAAACAAUUCUUCUUCUUUUUUCGCAUGAAGACUUAACCAUUCUACAUGAAUAAAAUUUGUUUUUGUCUUUAACGCUAGAACUUAGCGUCGUUUCAAAAGAAACUGCAUGAUAUAUGGUUUACACCAUAUUACAAGAAGAAAACAAAACUAUGGCACAAUGGCUUUGAACAUACAUUUGUUGGUAAGAAAUAGUUUUUAACCUCUUUAAAUUCUUCACACAUGACAGCGCUUUACAUUGUUGCUUCUACAACUUCUGUACGAACGGUAAACAUUGAUAUUGGGAACAUCAUUCUGGGCCGCGAGAAAUCUCCGUCCAUUUGAAAAUCGCUUGUGAGGGUCAACCGUACACGAGCGGUAGCUAAAGCAAGCUCAUGCAGUGGACAGGAGUAGUGGAGAAGGGCUUGCAGUAACGGCGGAAAAAUUUUUAUCCACCCGUGGUAAGCCCCAGGGGUACUCCUGUUAAUUUUGGAUAGUUGUGUGUGCCGCCCAGGGUCCUAAACCCUGACCCUAUUUAAGGAUGGGAUAAACAAAAGUCGAUACACUAGUCAAGGCCCAAAACCCGCAAAAAAUGUAGUGUUCACACUAGAUACUGAGGGCAAGGUGGGCCGCCUUACUUAAUUCGCUGGAAAAUCGUUGCCUAGCUUUAAAACGAAAUGUGAUUUAACCCAACGGAAGCUUUGUUACAGAUCAAAACUAAAUAAUUCAAAGACAAAAUCACUCAAAAAAGUUGAUGAAACAUUGUCUGGUGUUUUCAUUUGUGUUUUCUCAUGAUCAAUUGAUUAUAAAAGUGAUUUUCCGUGGGAUCAAUUUGCUCAAACCUGUGAUGCAUUCGUUUCACUGAACGGCAGCUACCGUAUUUCCUCGAAUAAUAACCGGGGGCGAUUAUUUCUUUUUUCGCACCAAAAGGGAUCGAUUAUUCGAGGGAGGCGAUUAUUGCCCCCUCAGGGAUUUCGCCCAGAAGGAGAAAUCCCGAUCGAGGAGGCACUCUAGUAACUCGCGCGUAUAUCAAGGAAAGUACUUACAGUUGAAAUAUACAGUCAUACAGUCAAUAUAAAAAAAAUCUCGAUUUGCUUGAACAGGGGCCGCUAGGAAUCGGUAGGUAAUGAUGACGUUUCUAUUGUUUGCGCCCGCAAGUACGAAAUAGUUAGGAUGACGUAACACACAAAAAAUCCCGAAGGAACAGCUUACAAUAGGUAGAUUUUUUGAUAUUAAUUGUGCAGUCACACUUCGAUACUCUUUGCGUUACGUGUUAUCGGUGACAUUCUGUUGAGCAGUUGUUAUGAAAGUUAUGGACCAAAAGACACUCGUUAAGCGCAGAUGAAGUUAUAAGUUGCGUAGAACAGUGUAUGUUUUAACACUAAGUGAGUUUGCUGGACACGAGUUCACAAAUAUUUGAUUGGAAACCUUGCCAGACAUUCUUUGUCUUUCUUUAACCGGAAUAAGACUUGGCCCAAAACAAGCAAGACGAGUGAAUGAUUCAACGGCUAGCUUAUCACUAACAGAACGAUGGAUGAUUGCAGAAAUUCGCCGACAAUCAAAUUCUGUGCUGACUUAUUCCCUGCUCACAGAUGUCCUUCCACUAUAAAGUUUAAAAUAAGACUAGAAUGCGUGAAUUGAUCAAACGUCCUUUUAAUUUCUAAGGCUAACUUUCCGGCAAAUAAAAUGAGCUAAAUGUAAAAAGUGAAAUAGAAAUAGCUAAAAAUUAAACUUCUAAUUAAAUCUUUUCUUAUGGUUUAGAAUAAACUAUUCUCGAAACUGAGAAUGUUUUGAUCAAAGCUGUGUAAAUCGAACCGAAACUGUGCGUGGAACCUUGCGUUUAUUUCCUGUAUUUAUCUCACCUAUUGUAUGAAAUAUGUGUGAACAUCUUCAUUAUGAAUCGGCAUAUUUCAAAGAGCUACGCAACGAGCAAGAAUACUAUUAAAUGACAAUAUACGGAGCGGGGGCAGCUGUAGUGUCAACUAUUACUAGUUUCAUAUAUAGUCCACUGGGAGAUUUUGUUCUAUUUUCCCAUUAAAUCAAAAAAAUAAUCGCGGCAAAGAAACUGAACAUGGGCUUUUCAAGUGUUCCAAAUUUGGUUCCUUUCUUAUUUUCAUUAUAAAUAUCCUCGGCGUCGUCGCUGAUCAGUCUUGCUGAAUCAGACUCCUCUUCGGCCUCAUCGUCCAGAUAUACCGCUGUGGGUAUCGAUAGCGGGUUACCUAGUGCUGGUUUUCAGUGUCACGCCAUUCAAGAUAGAUCGAAAAAUAAAAUUAAAACCGUUCAAUAGGUAAAGUCCGGAAUCUGGGAAAUGAAAGGAGGUAAGUACAUGAAGACCCUCGCCAAGAUUCACGUGAGAAGAAUAUUCCUUAUAAGAGAUAUCCGGAGAAAUGUUUAGAGAUUUGUAGAGAUUUGUAUGGAGACGCCAUGCUGGUGCCCACCAGGAUGAGCACCAACAUGGCGGACGGAAACCAACAGAAACAUCUGUUAUCGAGUUUUGGUACAAAAGCGUGAAUUUAUUCCUCCAGGAACUCAUAAAGAUUAAAGUAGUACUUUGUCUAAUACAUGAACUGCUACGAUAGCAAAAUUCCCGAAAUACGUCACUUUUUUAACCUACAUGACAGAUCUCUCGGCCGUCACGUAAAUGCUUCGUCACGCAAAAGCUCAGAAACUCAAGCGUACUCUAUCACAAAACCAAGAAACCUUUUGAAGCGAAAAUUUGUAUACUGUUUUCAGCUGCUCUAACACAUCAUCAAAGUAAAAUCUCAAUAGGAUCGACAGUUUUGUAGUUUGAAUUUUAGUGACGUCAUGUGAAAACCAACAAUAGUGGUAGGAGAGGUGGGGAGGGAGGGAGGGGGGGGGUGCGAUUAUUCGGGGGAGGCGAUUAAUCGAGGAAAUAUUGUAUCUUGACAUUAUUCCAGAAACACAAGGGCCCUCAAAGGAGCUUAAACUGAGUGCUAAAGUGAAUUUCCGCCCUUACUUUUAAAGGAGAGUCAAAAUGCAGAACUCGGUCAACCGUAGAGGAUUCUCCGCUCUGAAAAGGAUCAGAACUUGGCUACAAAGUAGCAACAGGAUCCUGAACAAUACUUUAAUGGUCAGUGUAUUGAUGGAACAAAGCUUUAAGACUUUGAAUUUGAGAAAGCAGCUUACAUUUGGGUGGCUCAGAAAAACAGGAGAAUAACAGUUACCUGCUAACGAAAUGUUUAAUUUUAAUUGUGCUUUUGAAAAAGUUAGUUCCCGAAUCUUUAUUUAAUUAUGUUUCCGGCUACCGCAGGCUUCAUACAAACACUGUUGACAAUAAUUACAGGCAGGAUUUCCCCCUGGCCUUCCCAUAAUUCUAGGGAAAACACUGAAAUGACACCCCAUUCAAGGGAAAAACAAAAGCUAAGAAUUCAAUCGUAUGAAGUACUACUAUUCAUAAUAUUCUAAGGGAUAGCUCAGUUUUAGUAUUUUUUAGUAUCAGUGGAUAGCAAUUUUCCUGCGUUCUCAUUUGCUCCCGUAACUCGGAAUAUCCUCGGAUAUUUACUGUUUUGGGACGGGACUAAAAAUGGCUUCUUGUUUCGCGAUCGGUUUGGAAAGAUGAAAUUUAACGGUAAAUGAAGCAGGUGCACCAACAAUUACCAAAGAGAGACAAAAUUUGGCAUGGUUGUGUUCACUGGUCGGUAGAAAAAAUGUUCUUACUGAAUUUGCAGCAAAAUCACAAAAAAUGAUCCUCAAAACACUGUUAACUGAAACAUAAACAAACUCUAACUAAGUGACGUCUUUUAUUUACGAAAAGUUCCUUUUUGAUUUUUAUCCACCUGAUUUGGUAAAUACUAAAACAACUAUCCUCCUCAGGGUCGGUUCAUAGCGAUAGAUAUAUACCUCGACGCUUCACGGCUCGGUAUUACACCACUAUUCACCUCCCCUUCGGGGGAUAGUUGUAUAUUAACAGAUGAUUUGUGUCUAGUGUAGCUGGGCAUUUACGCACUUGAAUCUUUUUACAGCUGAAACAAUUUAGGUACCUAUCUAGGGAUCAAACCGCGAAUACAAUCCAACAAGGGAAAAAAAUGAUACCCUAUUUAAGGAUCGGAACCCUCAAAAACCAUACCUUAUCGGGCGGCACAUGCCUAUCUAACCCAUAUAUGGGAGUACCACCGAGGAAGUCCUUUCAACUUCAAAUAAAUUGCACUAUAAGAAGUAUGACAGGCGGCAAGGCCAAGCAAGACAGGCAAAUAGCUGAUUUCCCUUUGCCCAUGCAAGUGAAGGGAAAUAAUCUUCAGCCAUAAUCGCACUUUUUCCUUCGUUCCCCCUUAUAAUAUUUCGCUUGCAUGUCUGAAUGGAUUGCUCCCAUAAUAAAAAAAAACUACCUUUUCGUCCCCGCUGACUCUGACACAAGCCACGCUUCUUUUUAGGUGUUUCGAUACAGUUUUCCGGAGACUAUACCGUUAUUCUUCAAUCUUCAAUAAGUUAUUUUAUCCUUGUCCAAUCGCUAUAAAAUUUUCACCACGGAAUCGAUAUUAUUAUAUAUUAAGCAACAAUAAACAAAAAACUUUGAAAUCGAUAGAAGGCCAAUUUUGCGAGAUCUAGACCUGCAAAUGAAAAUCCGACUCCAGGACCUUAAGGUGUGGUGUUCGAUAAAUAACCUCUGUGAGAGGUAAAAAAUUCUGGAUGUUCAUUAUUUGAAUUCAAAUAAAACGUAAAUGUAUUUCAAACCUUAUAUUUUCAAGAGCGGUUGUCAGAGCGGGUGGGGCUUUUGAGCCAGUCCCCCUCGCCACCCCCUCGCUAAAAUGUUGAAUAACUUCAGCGACUUUUCCUAACAUUUAUCUGGGAACAUUUUAAAGUCAAGGUGACGUGUACAUCAAUAUUGAUGUUACCAUGGCAACAGAGUUUUGACAGCCAUGUUUUAAAACAUUUGCAAAAUAGGUUUUAUUUCUAUUUUCACUGAUUGAAUUUAACAGUUAGUUCAUGCGUCAGCGUGCGUAUGUCGAGAUAUUGAGCACGCGGAAAGUUUGGAGAGCGCGAAAGAGGCGUAAGAGUUGCUGGGGCGCAGCCGAGAGCAACUCUAGCCUCUUGAGUGUUCUCCAAAGUUUCCAAGUGCUCAAUAUCUCGACAUACGCACAGCUGAAGCAUGAAAUAAUUGUUUUAUAACAUUAUCAAAGCAAUCAAUGUAGCAGUAACUUAAAUUUUUAUUAUUGUAGCACGCGCUCAAAGCAGUACGCGUCAAUGUCUGCGUUACCAUAUUUUUUUACCUCACAGUUAUGUUUUGUCUUGAAACUGAGGGAAAGUUUACUCAGGUCGGUUAAGAUAACAUUAAAAAAGAUUGUAAAAUCCAUGUUGAGGUGCCGGAAAACUAUUAAUUCGCCGAAAAAUUCUUUUUGAAAGAAAUAACUUUGCAAAGAGUGAUUUGUACACGCCUGCACAGCUCGAGCAGAUGAUAACAACAACAAUAACUUACCUCUUUCCCGUACGGUUAACAAAUUCAAAAGUUUUCUCUUAAAUUUAUGUUAUAAAACACAUGGUUAACGCUUAAUCGUGUACUGUUGAGUUAUGGAUGCACUUAGGAGACGUCUUUGGAGGAUUGCUAAGCUCACAAGACCUCAGACCUCAUAUAGUAUAAAUUAUUGACGUCAUCAGCGCGCUCAAUGGGAAUAAGAAGCACGCUUGCGGUAUUAAAUUUGAUUAGCCGAAUAUUCUAGCUAUGUUAUAAUUAAUAUUAUAUUGCACUUAAUUUAGCAUUAUUUUAUCAAAGUUUUGAAACUUUAAAUGAAAUCUAGGCUUUUUAGUAACUAGCAUGGGAAAAAACGUGAAUUUAAUACGAUUAAAUGGCAGAAGGCGACUUAAAUUUUCAACAGUGUUUAUUUCUCGCGGAAUUUCAUAUUUUGCUAAUUUUUUGCAUCCUGCAUCCUAAGCAUCCUUUUAUACUCAGAUUAAGUUUUGUGUUAAAAAUAUCUCGAUUUAUACGAUUUUUAAGUAAAAUGGAAUACAUUUAAAUAAUUCAAAAUGGCGGAUUCAAGAUGGCGGAAGUUUCCAGUUCCUUUUUAGUAAUAAAAGACAUCAUCAUGACCGCACUGAUAUUAUUAAAGAUCACUUAUGUGUUUGCCAACUUCCUUGAUUUUAUCAGAGAGCAUACUAUUUAUUAAAGUAUUUUCGCUUUAUGUCUAAUUUGAGGGAAAUUUGUAUUCUGACAAUAAAUCCAAUCAUAAUGACGUCAGAUUUCGACAUUGUGUCAAUCAAGUUAUUCCAAGAAGUUGGAGAUAAUGAGUAAAUUAUUGUGUGUAAUUUUGGAGGCCAUUGGAUGAGCGGUUUUGAAGAGGAAGGGCCUUCGAGACCCUCCCCACUCGCAAGAAGCCCCCCAAAAAAGCCCGGCUGAACAGAGUUUUCUAAAGUAGCGUCAGAAUUCUGCUUAUAAUCGCAUAAUUGAAUAACGAUUGGUUAACGAAGCGUGGUAAUUAGCGUGGAAUUGCUAGUUGAAAACGAGGCAAAGAGAUAUUGUUUCGCAUCUACAUAUACGUAACAACUAUCGUCAAAUUAUAACACAACAACUACAAAAACGUUUUUCUACAUCGUCAUUUUAAAAUGUUUUCAAAACUAUUGUCACCUUUUGAAGAGCCAAAAACAAACAAGGAAUUUUUUUUGUUGAAUACCUUAAUAAUACGAGCCAGGCUCACUACUAUACAGACGUACCAUAAUCAUCUCCGAAGAUAUUAGGGACUUUAAGAUAAGGCGACUACGAACUACCAACUACGGCUGGACGAGCGUUAUCCUUUGUUUGUAGCUCUUGGUUGAGUCGUGCAAAUAUAGAAAGUUAAUUAAGAUAGACUUGGAGAGAAGAGGCGGAGAGGGAAACAACACGCAAAGAUUUUCUUGUUUUCAUGUUCAGUUCACAAAAAAUGCAAAUAUUUUGCAUGUGCUCUUAUCUUAUUAAGAAUAAUGAACAAAUUCUUCCAUGCUUGGGGAAGUAAUUACAUCGAGUGAACUUGGUGAACAAAAGUUUUGGUUGCGCAAUUUUAUUUUUUCGCCCAUGAAUACUUAAGUCAAAUAUUAAAGAAAUAAACAGAAAUAGUAAUAGUUCAUUUAUUAGAUUUAGAAGAUGGACUUCUCCGAUUAGUGAUGUAGUUUGAAGUAUCGAAAUGCUGAGUUUCGAUUAUCUCAAGUGUUUGAAUAAUUUUCAUUCAGCAAAUGCGAUAUAAAAACUCGCAUAAACAAAGGUUACACAAGUAGAAAGACACACUAAUCAUUUCGAACAAACAUUGAAACUUUUUAAUUAAGUGCGAAGAGAAAAUAAAUUACCUGCAUGAUUUCUGUUCUCAGCCGUCAAUCUGAAUUCUUCGUAUAAACAGCUAAGCUUAUUUUAGUUUUAGAUAAAAAUGUAGUCACAACUUUAAGUGUUUCGAGUAUAUAAAAAGCGUAAAUCUGAGCAGACAUUAGACACAAAGUAGUACAUGUUUCGCUUCCCUCUCACUUAAAACAGGUGAAUUGAAAACGUUUUUACUUAACUGAAGACGAGAUUCUAGAAUUACCGACACAGCCAAAUCCGAGCAAAUUGUUCUCCGACCUCCGUAGUCGCGACUAUGCGAAACAACUCAACAACUCACCGUAGCCGCAGGACUACGCGGGAAAAAUGAACAGUCACGUGGUUCUGAUCAUGUAGUCAUCCUAUCUUGUUGCUGUUUUCUUUUUUUUUUAUUUUAAUUUAUUCAAUUUAUUCGCGAUUCGUGCGAUAUCGGUUUUCGCCUGCAAUUUAACGCGGAAUUCCCUCGUCAGGUAAUGAAUUUUCCUAUAGUAUCAUAUUUCGAUGCUAGGAAACUUUGCUGUAUUUUCUUUCUUGCGAUCUUGAAAACUAACCCUUUUUGUCACCACCUGGCUAAGUGAAACUCUAUUCUAAAUUUUGAAUUUUAGCGCUUUUCUGUUUAUCUCUAGAACGGCUCGACAGCAUUCGUUUUAAACCUCACCUCAUAACGGCUUUAUCAUGUAUACAAUUGUUUGAAAGUUUCAUUGAGAUUGAUUCACUGCAACACCUUGAAAUUUCAAGACGAACCUGGCCCGCGAACCGACCAAAAAUCCGCGUAACAACAUUCACUGUCUGAAAAUUUCAGACAUUAUUAUAUACAUCGUGAAGAUUAGGUGAUGAGGUUAUUUGCUAAACUCCUCACUUUAAGUCCCUUGUGUCGGAUCUAGAUCUCGCAAAAUUCGGAUUUUAUCGAUCUCAAAUAACGCUGCCAAUAGCACUUUGCUACUGGGCAUUACCCAAUCUUUUAACUCGGUUCAUUAUCAGGCUCACGUGGAAGGAGCACAUUUUGGACCUGCUUAUUUCUACUCCCCCCCCCUCUCACCCGCAGCUGCAGACUGUACGUGUUUCGCCUCACAAACGACGCAGGACCUACAAGCCGACCCGAUCUUUACAAGAACGUAGCCUGAUCUAGACCUAUCUUUUAUGAGUAAUUUCCUCCUUUUUUUAUUCUUGCAAUUAAGGUGACAAGGUCCUGAGUAAAAAAGAUUACAAGGGUUUUCACAACUGGUACCAGUUCCUCAUUGAACAAGCGAGUGGCGGGAUAACUAAUGUUCCUACAUCAUUUUCAAAGCCAAUACAGUUCCUGGUUGCAACAAAAGUGCGCAAUGAACCUAUUUUGCACCCCAAACAGAACAAACUCAAUUUUUAUUCAUUCAAAAUAUCAUGCCGUUUCUGAUUGGCUCCAAUCCCCCGGCUAAUUCUCCAUAACCACAUGGGUACUGUUCAUUAUUAUGAAGUGUGAUAGUUGCAAAUUAGAAGGAUUUGUAUGAGGAAAACAACUCUUGCCACCCAGUCACGCUUGAGUGGUUUCCAUAUAAACUCUGAAAUUGUCAAACUGUCGUUAAAUCUUUCCCUUACGCAUUUAAGGGCUCAAAUUGUUCGAUUAUAAAAAACAUGUUUUUUUACAAAAAUGUAUUUUUUACAACAAUAUAUUUUUGUAAAAAAGCAGUAUUUUGACAACCGUCCAAUUUGCAAAAAAGCAGCUUUUUUACACAAAAUGAUGCUUUUUUACACACCUAGAUGAUAAACCCAUACCCACAGAUGACAUAGAUGACCUUCUUCUUAAUAUGGAAAGGGGACGUAGACUCCUUAACGGUAUUCAUUGACCACCUGAACAACGCAGCAUCAAAUUUGCACACGAAUUAUCCACUAACUGGUCAGUUAACUUUCUGGGUACGACAGUCCUAAAGGAUAGACAAGGCAACAUCCACACAGACGUCUAUCAGAUACCUACAGACACACAUCCAUACCUACACUUAACUUCAGCACAUCCACCACACCUCAAACAAAGUAUCUCGUACAGCCAAGCAUUGAGAUUGAGAAGGAUAUGUUCUUCCACUGAUACACUGAAGAAAAGGAUAGCCGAAUACGCUGAUUUCUUUGUAGCAUGUGGCUACCAACGGACCAAGGUUUUACGAGAAAUGGAAAAAGUCCUUACAAUGGCACAAGACGAAUGUCUACAGACCAGAGACAGGGAAUCUACCGAUCGUAUCCCCCUGGUCACUACAUUCAACCCACAUACCACCUUUAUUGUAUAGAUUGCAAGAAGAAACUGGAACUUCCUACAAUCUAAAGAAAGACUGGCCAACAUAUUUAACAAAUCACCCUUAGUGGCUUACAGACGGCCAAUAAGUCUCCGGGAUAGACUCAUGAGUACUAAGUUCAAGACAGUUAACAACACUCUUGUACCAAGAGGCUGCGAAGCAUGCGGAAAACCAAAGUGCAGCUGAGGGAAAGGAAUCAACAAAACCACCACAUUUACUAGCAGUAACAAGAAUAAGACCGUUAAAUUAUUUCACCCUGUAAACUGCCAGUCAUCAUGGGUUAUUUACAUUAUUGAGUGUAACAUCUGCAAUCUACAGUACAUAGGCAAUUAUGUUUAAAAUUGGCAACAAAAUUGUUGAGGCAUUUUGCUCAAAAAGGGUAGUUUCAGAGAACAAAACAAUCCACACCCCUCACCUCCUCCCUCGAUCCACUCAAAGUUGGGGUGUUUGUUGUUUUAUACAGGUAGUUCAAACAGCGGUACAGCAUUGCAUGGAGGGGAUUGGGGAGGAAAAGCUUUAUUUUCUCCUUUUUAGGUCGGUAAAACGUCAAGAGCGCCCUUUAGGGCAAAGUGUCUUAACUAAUUUUGUCACCGAUUAUCUAUAUCUAUAUCUAUGUCUAUGUCUAUGCAUAUUUAUGUCUACGUCAAAAUGCAUAUGCAUAUUUUACAUCACAAUAUGUAUGAUAAUAGAGCCAAUGAUAGGGAAUGAAAGCACUGCCUAUUUGCAUGUGGCUAUGGAGAAUUAGCCGGGGGAUUGGAGCCAAUCAGAAACGGCAUAAUAUUUUGAAUGAGUAAUAUUUGAGUUGUUCUGCUUGGGGUGCAAAAUAGGUUCUUGUAUUCAUGAAUAUGUAUAUGUAUAUGUAUAUGUAUAUGUAUAUGUAUAUGUAUAUCUACAUCUAUAUCAAUAUCAAUAUCUAUAUCUAUUUCUAUGACUAUGUCUAUGUCUAUAUGCAUAUCUAUGUGUACGUCUAUAUGUAUAUGUAUAUCUGUGUCUAUAUCAACAUCUAUAUCAAUAUUUACUGAUCUAUGUCUAUAUCUUUGUCAGCCGCUUACGUCUAUGUCUAUGUCUAUGGCAAAUCUAUUCCUUUUUAUACAUAUCUAUAAUGUAUAUCUAUACGAACAAGUUAGGGAAAAUCCACCCACUCCGCUGGAAAAUCGCUUUUAAAUUAACAAGUUGAUUUGUUUAAAAAUAGCUAAGAUAUAGCUCCUCAAAGUAGCAAUAUUUUACAGACGUUUGUAUGGUGGGGCUCGCAAACUUGCCCCCCCCAUGCAAACGUCUGUAAAAAUUCGCGACUUUGAGGCGCCUUAUCUUCCCGGCGCUCUUUCUAGUGGUAUGCGACAGAUUUCCCGUAACUGGUCCAUGUCAAAAGUUGAAAGAGAAGGGUCUACUACCUAAAACUUGAAGUGAAACAAACUUCAAUGAUAAUUGAGUUUUCCCCCCCUUCUACAUCCGAGUUCAAGUGCUGACUGGCAGCAGACAAUUACAAGGUGGCUCACUUUCCCGAAUGGAAAGGGUUUUCUUCUGAUCUUAUUUUAUAUAGCCUCCUUACAUGAGUUGCCUUACUUUCCAAUGGGGAACAGCGACCAAGGCGUCUCGUCAAGGAAGCAGUUUGUUUGUCGGAACCAGCCCAGCAUUUGAGAUUGCCUUGUUCAGUGCCUGUUUUCUUCAGUACCCCGGCGAUCAAUGUAGCUGUACCAUUGGCACGAGCUCAGUUACAGUACAGACCUAUACGAGUCCGCCGAGCGUCCCUCCUGUUACAGCCGUUGCCACAGCGUAUCCAUCAGAGGUUUCUACUUUGGGUGAGCACUUUAAAUUACGUAUACAUAGGGAUGUUCACUAUAUUUUAACAAUCGGACGUUCAAGCAAUUCAUAACCCUCAGAGGUACAAACGGAGGGAAGAGAUGGGUAGAUCCCACUGGGCUUUGUUUUGGUGCUACAAGAUGAUAUAAAUAUUGUGGCAUAUGGCGGGGAUGGAGAGUCUAGUACCAUGCAAAAAAAGACUACCAUCAUGGUACUAUUAGUUUUGUUUGUCCAUGUUUAAUCAAAAGAACUAAAACUCGCUUAAAAAAAAAAAACAUGCGACUUAUUACGUUAAAUGCUGUUACCAUAUCAAUUAAGGGCAAGUUAGCGCAAGCAAUUGGAAAGGGUCCUCUCCUACUCUCCUAACCUGGGAAUAAGGUUGUCAUUUGAAUACAGAAUUCACGUUAAAGAACUGGGCGCGAUCCUGUUAGGUCACCGGAUAAAAAAUAUUCGGAUUUAGCGUCCACACGAUUCCGGAUUCAUAGCGUAUUAAAAAAUUUCCACUCUGGAGAGCGGAUUAAAAAAUAUCCGGAUACGUGUGGACGAGGCCUAGGAAGUUUCACGUUGCUGUCGUGCAAAACAAAGUCAAAGAAAUGUACCAAGAAAAGUGGGCUGCACGUAAAAAGUUGUUUCUUUUUUGCUAAUUAUACCUGCUGAUUUUUUAGCCGUUCUCGUUGCCGUCGCCAUUUAACAUAACACGAUGUUACUUUUUUGUUUGAGUAAACUAUAAGUAUAUCAACGAGAGCUUCGCUUUAGCCCUGGCUACAUCUAUAUAUUAGGCAAUAAUAGCGUCCGAGUAAUUAGAUUAGAGGAACACUGAGGUUACCCAUUAGAAAAAUUUGAUAGAGUUAACAGACAGUAUUCAUUUUCCAUAUUGCUUCCCUUAAUUACCGGUUUUCUCUCGUAUUUACUGUAAUGGCUCUUGCUUUAAGCCUUCUGUUUUUUUCUUCCUCAAUAAAAGCUGGUGGAAGAUGUGAUGGUAUUGCGAAACAAUAUCGUACUGACUGUGGCUGGAUUGGCAUCUCCAAAAACGAGUGCAACGAUAGAUGCUGUUGCUGGAAGGAAGAGCCUGGGGCAUAUGACACUCCUUGGCCUUGGUGUUUUUAUCCAGAGGGUGAGGCCUAAGCCAAACGUCGAACUUUUUAUAAAAAAGUCCAAACUUAGUAAGUUAAGUUUAUGGAAAGUUCGACGUUUAGCUCAGUUAGGGACCAGCCAUUUAUUUAUCGCCUGGGAAGGUGGAGGAUCAUUGAACAUUUUGGUAGAAUUUAGAGGGGAGUCCACUCAAAUCUGCUUGGAGAAAGCCAGUUUAAGAAACAUACAAAAUAAGUCAGUCCAUUCUACUGAGGCAUAAUUAACUGUUAUACUGUUAUCUGUUAUCUUUCGAAUGUGUACAUUUCAUUCUAUAUAGAGAAAGUUUUUUGAGACCCUCUUCAAUUAACCCUUCUAUAACGUGCUUAUACCAAAUUGAACAUAACAGGUGAAUCGUGAACCAUGACUCAAGAUAAUAACUGAAUCAUUGUGAAAUAGCGUCAUGGCCUCUGUAGGAAUAGGCACCCUUUCUAAGCUCUAUACUAAAUCCUAUUCAACGGCCUCGUUUUUCUCAUCUUGAGCCUCAUCAUCCGACUCGAUGACUUCAUGUGCAUCGUGAGCCUUGUCAUCCGAUUCGAUGACUUCAUCUACAUCGUGAGCCUUGUCAUCCGAUUCGAUGACUUCAUCUGCAUCGUGAGCCUUGUCAUCCGAUUCGAUGACUUCAUCUACAUCGUGAGCCCUAUCAUCCGAUUCGGUGACUUCAUCUGCAUCGUGAGCCUUGUCAUCCGAUUCGAUGGCUUCAUCUGCAUCGUGAGCCUUGUCAUCCGAUUCAAUGACUUCAUUUGCAUCUUGAGCCCUGUCAUCCGAUUCGAUGACUUCAUCUGCAUCGUGAGCCUUGUCAUCCGAUUCAAUGACUUCAUUUGCAUCUUGAGCCCUUUCAUCCGAUUCGACGGCUUCAUCUACAUCGUGAGCCUUGUCAUCCGCUUCAAUGACUUCAUUUGCAUCUUGAGCCCUGUCAUCCGAUUCGAUGGCUUCAUCUGCAUCGUGAGCCUUGUCAUCCGAUUCAAUGACUUCAUUUGCAUCUUGAGCCCUGUCAUCCGAUUCGAUGACUUCAUCUGCAUCGUGAGCCUUGUCGUCCGAUUCGGUGACUUCGUCUGCAUCGUGAGCCUUGUCAUCCGAUUCGGUGACUUCAUUUGCAUCUUGAGCCCUGUCAUCCGAUUCGAUGGCUUCAUCUGCAUCGUGAGCCUUGUCAUCCGAUUCAAUGACUUCAUUUGCAUCUUGAGCCCUGUCAUCCGAUUCGAUGACUUCAUCUGCAUCGUGAGCCUUGUCAUCCGACUCGAUGACUUCAUUUGUCUCUUGAGCCUCAUCAUCCGAUUCAUCAACAGAAUUUAGCAAGGCCUUACGGCAGAUUGGUCUUAAUAAUAAAUAACAAUCUUAUACUUUUAGCCUGCGUCGCAGACACUCUAAACCUUCUGUACAGAGCGUCUGCGAAUUAAUGCACAAUAUCGUGUUCGAAUCCCCCAGAGUCGCAAGGACAUAUGUCGGCAUUUUGAUUGGCUAGUUUCUUACACAAAUUUGUGAUUAGUCCGAUUUGAAUUAAGUGUUGACAGGCCAAACACGACUAAUUGCUCCUGGCAAGAGAAAUUUGAACUCAUGCUUGUGUGAAACGUGAGCUUACAGUAAGCUUGAACAACAGCGGUUUUUCUUUCUAGAUUAUGCAGUACAUGGAGUAUUCUACAAUUUGACCAAGCAAAUCUUCUUUUUGCCGCUUUGUGUCUCACAUUUAGAAGUUAUAAAGCUGGUCUGUGUCGUGCAUAUUAAGUAAUUAGUUCCUGUGGUUUAUGUUUCUGCAGAUGUUUUCUGGCAGGAUUCGAUCACAGUUAGUUACAGUUGCAGGUUUCUUUUGGGGCAUCGCAUCUGCAGCGAUUGGAAGACGCUGGAAAAUCAGUCGGCAAAUUUAAAAACAAAUUCUGGCCUUGAAAGAAUUCUCUCAAAGCAUCUUUUUGGAUUUCAAGUUCGAACUGCUCUUUCAUUGAUCCCUGCCAAGUCCCUUCUGUUAAUUUUGACACGUCACUGCGCCCAACCGUCAGGCACACGUAAGAAUUUAGGCCAAUCGUGAGGCACGUAAGAAACCCGUAAACACUCCUAUCAGAAACGCUCACAUAUAUCCUUGCAACUCUGCAAGAUAUUAGAACGAGCUUUUGUGCACUAAUAAUUCGCAAACGGACUAUACAAAUGGUUUUGAAGGGUGCGUGGGCCGGCUGCAACGCAGGCUAUAUACUUUGUGCUCUUAAAGAGGCUGCUACUUAUUCUAGAAUUUUUCAAGGGUCAUGGGCAGAUUUAGGGGCCGGCCUAGUGGACCGCAGCCAACCUUUUUUCUGUGCAAUUUUGUAUUAUUUUUGAUGAACUCUCUAAAACAAAAUAUUGAUAGUAGCUAUAUAACUGGCAAGUUUCCUGACCGCCUUUUUCUGAAUUUUCGGGAUCCGCCCCUGAGGAUCGUGCUAAAAGAACCUUUUGCUAGUAACCACAGAUAAGAAGAUAUAAGAUUAGUCGGAAAGACAGCAUUGAUAGAAGCAUUUUGAAACUACUUAACUGGAGACUGACUUGCUGUUUACGGGAACAAGAAGUAAUCCACUGUCCAAAAAGCCAUCCCUAGUUCUUUCUCAUUUCCACUUCAUUUAUCUUCUUGGUCUCGUCUAAUUCUUUUUUCUUAAAUUAGGUCACAGAUGCCAAGGAAUUGGUGAUCGAGAUCGAAAAGAGUGCGGCUAUGUAGGAAUCCAACGUGAUGAAUGCGAGCAAAAGAAUUGCUGUUUCGACAACCACGUACCAGGAGUACCAUUCUGCUUUAAAGGGAGAUAUUAAGAUACUUCAUUGUAAAAGGUAGAAGCUAAAGAUCUUUCUUUGUUUUCGUCUGGUAUACUGUGAGAAUUACCCAUCUCCCUAGUAGUAUUUCUUCCACAAGAAGUCGAGGAUCAAUAUCUGCAAUUGUUGGUUUUCACAUGACGUCACUAAAAAUUCAAACCACAAAACUAUCGAUCCAACGGAGAUUUUACUUUCAUGGUGUAUUAGAGCAGCUGAAACUAAUUUUCAAACAAAUUUUCGCUUCAAAAGGGUUCUUGGUUUUGUAAUGGAGUACUCUUGAAUUUCUAAGCGUUUGCGUGACGAAGCAUUUACAUGACGGCCGAGAGAGCUGUCACGUAGGUUAAAAAAGUGACGUAUUGCGGGGAAUUUUGCUAUCUAAACAGUUCAUGUAUUAGAAAAAGUAUUACUUUAGUGUUUAUGAGAUCCUCUAGGAGUAAAUUUACGCUUUUGUAGAAAAACUCGGUAACAGAUGUUUCUGUUGGUUUCCGUCCGCCAUGUUGGUGCUCAUCCGGAUGGCACCAGCAUGGCGUCUCCAUACAAAUCUCUAUGAAUUUGGGUAAAUCAUUUUUUCGGACAUCUCGUAUACGAAAUAUUCCUCUGACCUGAAUCUUGGCGAGGGUCUUUGUACAUUUACCUCCUUUCAUUCCCUAGAUUCUGGAAUUUAUCUAUCGAAUGGUUUUGAUUAUUUUUUUUAUCUAUUUUGAAUGGCGUGAUACUGAAAACCAGCAAUUGCGUUAUUGACCACUCCAGAAAUACCAUAACAUACCAUAAUGUUCUUUGUUUGUCACCCCAAAAUUUUGCAUAAGCAUUGUUUUCAGUUUCUCUUGGGGCCAUUUUAACUCCCAAGAGAAACUGAAGACAAUGCUUAUGCAAAACUUUGGGGCGACAAUCAAAAAGCAUUAUGGUAUGUUAUGGUAUUUUCUGGAGUGGCCAAUUGAAAUCAUCAUCAUCAUCAUCAUCGUCGUCGUCAUCAUCGUCACUACCACCACCACCACCACCACAAUCAAAAUCAUCAUCAUCAUCGCCAUCAUUAUCAUCAUCGUCAUCGUUAUCAUCAUCAUCAUCAUCAUCAUCAUCGUUAUCAUCAUCAUCAUUAUUGUCAUCAUCGUCAUUAUCAUUAUCAUCGUUAUUGUUAUUUUUAUUUUCGUGGUCAUUGUCAGAUUCAUCAUCAUGAACUGUAUCAUUGUAUCACAUGUAUCAUUGUUAUAGUUCUAAUCACCAACGCCAUCGUUACCUUCAUCAGGCUCGUUAUUGUUAUAAAUAUUUCCUACUUCCCUCGUGCAUGUCACUCAUUUUCAUUCUUCACACAUUUGUGUUAGGUUGAAUUCAAGCUAAUCUUUCUUUUUCCUGUGCUCUUGCAGAUGGUGAUAUAAAGCACUUAACUAACU